UGAAAGAGAGAGAGAGAGAUCUAUUGAAUGGACUUCACAUGUGUGCACGAGGUGGGCAACGGCGCUUGCGAGGACGGAGGCACAGUGUAAUCAUGGACAACGUACAAAGGGGUUGAUCGUGGGAUCCAACUUGGGAAGAUGUAUAGGUUGAUGAUGAUAUGGGCGACUUUAAUGGUGCUUUUGAUGGCAGCGAUCAUUUCACAGACUCGGAGGAUGAGGAGAAGCCACAAGAGAGCUCGGCUCCCUGCAGGGUCCCCGGGUUGGCCGCUCGUCGGCGAGACCUUCGAGUUCGUCUCCUGCGCCUACUCGCCUCGGCCGGAGAGCUUCAUGGACAAGCGUCGACUCUUGUACGGGAAGGUGUUCAGGUCGCAUCUCUUCGGCAGCCCGACGAUCGUGUCGACGGACGCAGAGGUCAGCAGGUGGGUGCUGCAGAGCGACGGGCGGUCGUUCGUGCCGUCGUAUCCGAAAUCCCUCACGGAGCUGAUGGGGAAAUCCUCCAUCCUACUGAUCAACGGGAACCUCCAAAGACGAGUCCAUGGUCUCAUCGGCGCAUUCUUCAAGUCGUCUGACCUCAAGGCUCAGAUCACCAGAGACAUGCAGUGCUACGUGCAGCAGUCCAUGAGCAGCUGGAAGAACGAGCGGCUCAUCCACAUCCAAGACGAGGCUAAACACAUCGUCUUCCAAAUCCUAGUAAAAGGGCUGAUUGGUCUACAGUCAGUGACGGAGACGCAAUUCUUAAAGCAACAAUUCAAAGAAUUUAUUGCUGGUUUAAUGUCUUUGCCUGUGAAGCUACCAGGAAGCAGACUCUAUCGAUCGCUGCAGGCAAAGAAGAAGAUGGUGAUGUUGAUAAAGAGCAUCAUUCUGGAGAAGAGGAAGAACAACUGCGGACGCACCCCGCUCGACGUCGUCGACGUCCUCAUCAACGACGCCAGUGAUCAGUUGACCGACGAUCUCAUAUCGGACAACAUGAUCGAUCUGAUGAUUCCAGCCGAGGAUUCGGUGCCUGUUCUUGUGACACUUGCAGUCAAGUACCUCAGUGAAUGUCCUCUUGCGCUCCAACAGUUGGAGGAAGAGAACAUGCAGUUGAAGAAGCGAAGAUCACUACCUGGUGAGGAUCUGCAAUGGACCGACUACAUGUCCUUAUCAUUCACACAAGAUGUCAUAACGGAGACUCUACGGCUGGGGAACAUCAUCAGCGGGAUCAUGCGCAAGGCUGUGAGAGAUGUGGAGAUCAAGGGGCACUUCAUACCUAAGGGAUGGUGCGUGUUCGCCUACUUUCGAUCGGUUCAUCUCGACGAGAACCAUUACGAGGAGGCCUACAAGUUCAAUCCAUGGAGGUGGAAGGACAAGGACAUGAGUACUUGUAGCUUUACUCCUUUUGGAGGUGGGCAAAGGCUGUGCCCUGGGCUGGAUCUGUCCAGGCUGGAGGCUUCCAUCUUUCUCCACCACUUGGUCACCAACUUCACGCAGAAGAUCAAAGAGAGAGAGAGAGAGAGAGAGAGAGGAUGGUUGAAGUUUCCUAGUCUGUUGCACUGUGGAAAGGUGGGUGGCAGAGGAGGACCAGAUUGUGAACUUCCCCACUGUAAGAAUGAAGCGAAGAAUGCCCAUCAGGGUGAGAAGGAAGACCUAAUAAUAUCAUGCAGUCACCAAACCCUCAGUUCUUUGUAAAAUACAUUUUUAUUCUCUUCAGAUAUUUAUAGGUACAUGUACAGGUUCUCAAUCAAUUUAGAUAAUAUAUUCUAUAAUUUUACAAAAUA